CUUGAUACAACUGAGUAAACACAGAAGCAUAAUCGUUUACUGGCCCUACUGAAUUUUCGUAUAAAGGUAGGCUUCCAAAAGAUGCCAGUUCAGUUGAGCGUUCUAUCCAGAACCAGGCAACAUGCGUCUUCAUAAGUUGUCAUUGACAUUUUGCCUUGUCUUUCUAUUCACUUUUGAAUGGACAGAGGCAAGUCGGCUCUCGGUUAGCGGUAAGAAACUCAUGUACAAUGGCAAGUCCGUCUUCCUGUCUGGGGUAAAUUUCGCUUGGAACUCUUAUGGUUCCGACUUUGGCAACGGUAAGUACAUGGCCAAUUCGAAAUCUACCUUUGAAAGAUGGCUGAAGGAAGUCGCAUCCAAAGGAGGCAACAGCGUUCGUGUUUGGCUUCACGUUGAAGGAGACAACACUCCGAGAUAUGAUGCAAACGGUUAUGUUCAAUCACCAGACGGAACGCUCUUCCCAGAAAUGAAAACAUUUUUAAACACAGCCAAAGCGAAUAAUAUUCUUGUGGUUUUUGUUCUCUGGAACGGCGCUUAUUUAAGAAAUAGAAAAACCCUUGAUCUGUUUCGAGACAAUAAGAAGUUGCAAUCAUACAUUGACAAAGUUUUAAAGCCCAUGGUGAAAUCUCUAGCCGGACAUCCAGCACUAGGAGCAUGGGAGAUUAUCAAUGAACCGGAAGGUUUGAUAUACGACAAUACGAGGGAUGGCAAUAAUUGUUUCAAUACUUUUCCGCUUUACAAAUCGGGAGCUGGCUUUAACAAACCGCAGCAGGCAUUGGUGACAAUGAGAGAGACUCUGUUGUUUAUCAACUGGCAGGCAGCAGCGAUCAAACAAACUGAUCCUGGUGCGCUAGUUACCGUUGGUACUUGGUCUGAGCGCAGUAUGAAUGGGCUGUCUUCCAACUCCAGAAAUUACUACACGGAUGCAUGCCUAAUUGCAGCUGGUGGCCGCGCACUUGGGAAACUAGAUUUCUAUCAAGUGCAUACGUACGCUUAUCCAUGCCAUGCAUCUUUUGCACCUAAUUCGCCAUUCAAGGUUUCAGCUGCUAGAUAUGGCUUGGAUAAGCCGCUCGUAAUUGGAGAAUUGUCUCAAAGAUGUUCCGGUGGCUCGUCUAUUGAGCAACUCUACGAAUACGCUUACAACAACGGUUAUCAGGGUGCUUGGGGAUGGCAGUAUUACAACGAUCCUGAUCCCAAAAAAGACGAACGUGACGAUAGUAUUGAUACCCUUAAUAAGGGAAUGCUAAAAUUAAGAGGAAGAAAUGCCGCUGGUGGUCUCGUCAACUUCCCCGUCAAUUAACGCAACAGCGCGUUCUGUUUCACUGAGUUUGUUUCACGAGAUCCCUGAGGUCCUAAUUACCGUGGCAAAGCAAGUGUAAAAGCAAAUUUUAAAGACAGGUUAUAAAGAAUACAUAAUAUUGCACAAAUGAAAA